GCCCUCUUGUGACAAGAUUCUAAAAGUUUCAUUUCCUAAAAAACGAAACCGGCAGUACCCACCUACAGUAUAUAAGUCUCCAUCUGGUUCAGGAGUCAUCAGUACCCAGCAAGAAUGGAUCCUUGGACUAUUGCGUAUGUUGUCGGAGGUGCAGUUGGGACUGUGGUCGCAGCUCCUGUUGUUCUGGGGGCCGUAGGGUUCACCUCAGCAGGAAUAGCUGCAGGCUCCUAUGCUGCAGGCAUGAUGUCGGCUGCUGCAGUCGCUAACGGAGGAGCAGUGGCAGCAGGAAGCACAGUGGCUGUUCUACAGGCAGCAGGUGCAGCUGGACUGUCAACAGCUGCUACUGCAGCCGUGGCUGGUGUCGGAGCAGUUGUAGGAGCAGCAGUGGACGCAGCAACUUGAGCAGCAAUCCUCGUCUGAAAAAUCAUGAAAAUGAUUUAAAAAUAUAUAUUUCUUAUAUUUUUUCUAAAUGAAGGAGGUCAUGAUAUCCGGUCACUUACAGCACUUUCUCAUCUCAAGCAACUGACAUGUUUUGUGCAAUAAAUCUAUGAAAGAUA